ACCUGCUCUGCCAGGAAUGCUCUCCAUAUGCAGCUCACUCAUAUGAUGCUGAAGAUCCCUCCACCCCCGUGCGGACGAUACCAGGACUUUGCCAGGACUAUUGCACGCAAGUGUGGCAGAACUGCCGCUCCAUCUUUCGCCUCCUCUCUGCAGACCGAGAGUUAAUUGCACUGGAAAACAACAAGGCAAAACUCUGCCGUUAUCUGACCUUGGAGGACACCGACUACUGCUUCCCACACCUGCUGGCUAACCAGAACCUUAACCAAAACCUGGGGUUAGUCACAGCUGACGCGGAGGGCUGUCUCCAGCUCUGCCUAGUGGAGGUCGCCAACGGGCUGCGCAAUCCCGUUGCAAUGGUGCACGCCAACGAUGGCACCCACAGGUUCUUCAUUGCAGAGCAGGUUGGCCUGGUGUGGACCUACCUCCCCGAUGGAUCCAGGCUCGAAAAGCCAUUUCUGAACGUCAGCGAAGCCGUACUUACCUCCCCGUGGGAAGGAGAUGAGAGAGGGUUUCUAGGUAUUGUCUUCCACCCUAAAUUCAAAUUUAAUGGUAAAGUUUAUGUUUACUAUUCAGUUGAAGUUGGUUACGAAGAGAGAAUCCGGAUCAGUGAGUUCAGAAUUUCUCCUACUGACAUGAAUGCCUUGGACCAUAAUUCUGAAAGGAUAAUCCUGGAAAUAGAAGAACCUGCUUCCAACCAUAACGGAGGAGAGCUGCUCUUCGGAGAUGAUGAAUAUCUCUAUAUAUUCACUGGAGAUGGAGGCAUGGCUGGGGAUCCUUUUGGGACCUUUGGAAAUGCCCAGAACAAAUCAGCCCUGCUGGGUAAAGUGCUGCGGAUCGAUGUGAACAACAACGACCGUGGGCCCCUGUACCGGAUCCCUCCUGACAACCCUUUUGUCCACGACCCUACCGCUCGCCCUGAGGUCUAUGCUUACGGAGUGAGGAAUAUGUGGCGCUGCUCUUUUGAUCGGGGUGACCCUCACACCAAGGAGGGGAAAGGGCGGCUCUUCUGCGGAGAUGUGGGGCAGAAUAAAUAUGAAGAAAUUGACAUCGUCGAGAAAGGGAAAAAUUACGGCUGGAGAGCGAGGGAAGGGUUCAGCUGUUAUGACAAAAAACUUUGCGCCAACUCUUCCAUGGGAGGUUAUGUUUAUCGUGGCUGUGAGUCUCCAAACCUGAAUGGCCUGUACAUAUUUGGUGAUUUUAUGAGUGGACGCCUGAUGUCUUUGAAGGAGGAUCAUGCUACUGGAGAGUGGCAGUACAGUGAAAUCUGCAUGGGGACAGGACAAACGUGCAUGUUCCCUGGGCUUAUCAACAACUAUUACCAAUACAUCAUCUCUUUCGCUGAAGAUGAAGCAGGGGAAUUGUACUUCAUGUCUACUGGUGUACCAAGUGCCACGGCUCCCAAUGGAGUGGUGUACAAAGUGGUGGACACCUCCAGGAGAGCACCACCAGGAAAAUGCCGAGUUGAGCCAUCGCCAGUGAAAGUAAAAAGCAAGCGCAUCCCGUUUGUGCCAAAGGAGAAGUUUAUUAUGCAAGCACCGAUACCCCAACCCCGGCUGGAGACCACGACCGAGGCCCCAUGGGGAGGUAGGCCAGACCUCAAAACCCCCACCACAGCAGCGCCCAGUGGCAGGACCGCCAAGCCCAGGAAGGGAGCGGAGAAGAGGGGGCAGCGCAAGAAGAAGAAGCCACGGAACGGCGCCGUGCGGCUGAUGGAGCGGGGGCGCCGCGGCCGCGGCCGGGGCCGGGUGGAGAUUUACAUCGACGGCGAGUGGGGCACCGUGUGCGACGACGGCUGGAGCUCGGCCGCCGCCGCCGUGGUGUGCCGCCAGCUGGGCUUUCCCUACGUGGUGCGGGCCACCAAGAAGGCAGAAUUCGGGGAAGGGACCUCCCUCCGCAUUCUUCUGGAUGAUGUCCAGUGCUCCGGGCAGGAGAGGACGCUGCUGGAGUGCUCCCACGCCGACGUCGGCAAGCACAACUGCUCCCACGAGGAGGAUGCUGGCGUGGUGUGCAGCCGGGAGGAGGUGGCAGACUGGUGACAGGGGAAUUGGGGAAGGCAGCAGAGGGACUUGGAGCACAUCCCUUUCUUGCCCAACCCUUUAAACCAGCUGCAGUUUUGCGGAGGGUGUGCCCUGUCUGGAGGGUGUUGCGUCUGUUCAAAGUAACCUCGUGGUUUUCUUCGUGUUUGUCCCCAUGCAUGUGCCUUGGAGGGAAAGAAAAAGUAAAACGAAGCAGUGGCUUGAGUAUGUUGUGGGCAGGGACUACGUUUCUAUGGUUUUUUUAAUAAGAAAACCUCAAACAUCAGCCUUUAUAGAUUAGAAAAGGGAUGCAUCCUGUUGCCCUUUCCCUUUCAAAAUACAGCAUUCCUCAGCUGUGCUUCACAGUGUUUUGCCAAAAAAUAAAUUCCCAAAUGACUGUGUUUUGCUCUAAUGGAAUCGUUUGUGUUGUUUGCCUUGCUUUGCCACCUGCAGCUCUGAGGAGCAGUUUUUAACUUGUAAAUCUGUGCCUUUCU